AUGCGUUUGCACAUACAUCGGCGUGAAGUCGAAUUACCCGAAAAAAUAACGGCUUUAGCUGUUUCGGAAGGGUAUACAGCCGCGAUAAGAGAGUCCGGAGUAGUAGAUAUUUACUCUACAAGUGCUUUAUUCUUAGUAGGACGAUUAGAUUUAGGAUUAAAAGGAGUGCACAGUGCAUGUUUUGAUGGCAAAGACUUACUUAUCGGAUCACUCGUUAGUGGUUUAUGGCGUAUCUCUUUACAAAGUUUAGGAGUCAGACGAGUACCAGAACCAGGACUUUGGCGAGUUCUAGCCCAAUCCGGCCGAGUCCUAACUAUCUACGGUGUACCAGGUGGAGGUUCAGAAGUAAGAGUUGAUAAAUCAGUUGUACUAAGAACAAGACAUGCUAUCUUUACUGCUUGUUUUGGCGAGACAGAGAAUGAAGUAGUGGCUGGUGGAGCCCAAGGUCGGAUCUAUCACGUAGUAGGCGGCCAAGUUAUCUGGGCUGGAGUUUUAGAUAAGUUUAACAAAAACAUUACUACUAAUAUUAAUCUUGACUCAAAUCAAAAUCAAAAAAAUGAAGUAGUUAUCAGUUGUAUGGUACGAGUACUUGGAUCAGAGUAUGCAGUAGGAACUUUAAGCGGAGAAGUGUAUAUUGUGGAUGUAUCCGCUGGAACUGUUCUGCAAGUCUUACAAGUACGUGAUUCAGCCAUCAAUGGUAUAGUAGUUGUGGCCGGACGUAUUAUGACUUCUGGAGCUGAUUCACGAAUUAGUUGUUACUCCCGUUCAGCCGCUGGUCUUUAUACUUUAGAGUCACAAAAUGACUCCCAUCUUUCUGAUGUUUUUUGUGUAGCUGAAUGUAACGGUCGCAUUUUUACGGCUGGUGGUGAUGGGGCUGUUCAUGCCCAUGAUAUUCCUGUAGUUGGUCGAGUUGAAGUCUCUAAAAGAUUACCUUCAGCUAUCGCAGCUAUCUCUACUACUAAUAGAUUUGUUAUUGCUUUGGGUAAAAAGAUGUCUAUCUCAGCAGUAGAUAAGGAAUCGGGUCAAAUUAAAGGUAUCUUUAAUCACUUGAUGAAAGAUCCUAUUCUUGGUCUGGAAGUAAUUGAUGACGUAACUAUUGUCCGAACUAGAAUUGGGUUAUGGGCUUACCAACAUAGUAGAGAAGGUGAAGUAGCUUUACUUUGGUCAAUUACUGGUCGAGUUUUAGUCCAUCGAUUCCUUCAUGGUUGUUUGUUUACUGUUUUACGUCGAUCAGGUCGGACUGUUUUAGCCCAGUAUGAUUUAACUGGUCAUUUACACCAGGAAUGGCUACUAAGUACUAUCUGUCCUGACUUUGUUCCUUUUCACCUCUCAGCUGGUCCUCAACACAAAGUAGCUCUGCAUGGUGAAGGUCUAGUUUGGUUUGACUUUAAAUCAGGCCAAGCUUUACCUAUCACUACUCCAGGGUAUGUGCAAGCUAUUGCUCUUCAUCCAGACCAAACUCAAGUCCUACUAGCCGUACGAGGACCAACUAGUGUUCUUCUCAUGGAGUAUAAAGUAGACCAACUAGUUGAAGUAUCACAAAUAGCUAUGCGAGUAAUUCUUAAUCUUAUCUGGACAGAAGAAGAACUAGUAGCCAUUAGUCAACAAAAACUAGCUAUUGUCCGGCAAGGAGUUGUUUCUUAUGUUAUGGUAGGUCCAGUUAUUGACUUUGCUGCUCGACAAGAGAACCAGCUUCUAUGUUUACAAGGUCCCUGGCCGCAUACGAAGCAAACUAUGCCUCUACAAGUCCUUAAACCCAAGUACGGCCGUCUCUAA